AUGAAUUUGUGUGAUAAUUCAGGAUGGGAUAUUGAAGAACAAUGCUAUUUGGACACAUUAUUUACAGGUUAUUUACCUAAAUUAGAAAGAAGAAUCUCAGAAAAUAGUAGUCAUAGGAUCCGAACAUUAUCACAGCCAAAAUAAAUUAACCAACAAGCAUCCAUUACCUCUUUACAUCAUCAUAGACCAACUUAAAGUUAAGCGUAUUAGACUGGUUCUUUUAGUGCUAACUUUUAUACUCCUUCUACAACUAAGAGCAGAAUUCGAUUCAAAUUCACUCCAACAUUAACACAAGAAGAUUAGUAAAAAUAGAAAAAUAUUUCAUAAUCUCCAAUUAAAAAGAAACCAAAAUAUACUAUUAUAAAUAUGAGUUAAUUACUAUCAGUCACACCAAAAGUUAGAAUGCAUCAAGAUUCUUUGAAUAAAGUGCUUGAGCGAUUUUCCAAUAAAAAACGAUGA